UGGGCAUAUUCUGAACUUAUUUGGGCGAGAGUUAAACCACUCGACCUCGUCUUCCCAAUCAGUCCCAAAUUGCAACAUAACGGGGGCAAGGGUUCAUUGUUAGAGGAGCGCGCCACGUGGUGACGUGUACCUGCUGGUACUUGGGGCGGCGCUGACUGACAUGGACAUACGUUAUUUCCAGUCUCAGUUAGGGGAAGUUAAAAUAUAUGUUGGCUGUUCAACUGUUUUAUUUGGUUUUGUCUGUCGAAGCUAAAAAGGAACCGUGUGCUAUAAUGUGAGGAUAUGAAGUCUAACAACUUGUAAUCAAGCAGCGUUAUGACUUAUUGUGUUGUCGAAAACCAUUGGACUAAAUUCGAAUUAUUUAAUGGCUAACUGACUUAUAUUAAUGUAUUUGCUUAAACAGCAGGCUAUUCUUAAGAAAUGGAAUGUGGUGUCGGUUGUAGUCUAAGUCUCAUUUGCAGACACGUUAGUGGGUUAGAGGUCGUGUAGUUUGCUUUAUUUGUGUCCUUAACGAGCUGCGGAUGACGUGAAUAUCGUUGGGAAUCAACUGGCAAUCAGAUCUGAUCAUAGUAGCCUACUCUAAUUAAAUAAUAAGUGACAUUCGUUUCUAUUGUAGGUAAGUUUAGUCACUAGCACGUAUUUGAAUGCAUACACUUAAACAUGACCGGCGAAAAAGAAAACGACAAUGUGGCGGAUCUGGAAAAAAAUAAAAUAUAUACUGGGAACAGCGAGAAGGUGCGCAUAGAGCCCAACAAACAACUCGACUCGAACGGCAACGAUACAACAAUCAAACUUUACAAGCGGCGAUGGUUCAUUGUGUUACUAUUCAGCUCGUAUUCACUCUGCAACUCCUUCCAAUGGAUCCAGUACGGAAUUAUCAACAACAUUUUCAUGAAGUUCUACGGCGUGGAUUCUUUCACCAUAGACUGGAUGUCUAUGAUAUAUAUGUUGACUUACAUUCCCUUCAUAUUCCCUGUCACCUGGGUGCUGGAUAAAAAGGGUCUUCGCGUGAUAGCGUUGGUGGCUACGGCACUAAAUUGCGCUGGGACUUGGAUCAAAGUAGCCAGCGUGAGACCCGAUCUGUUCGCGGUGACCAUGCUGGGACAGUUCUGCUGCUCGCUGGCACAGGUGUUUAUCCUCGGGAUGCCGUCUAAGAUUGCAUCCGUAUGGUUCGGAUCCGAGGAGGUGUCAACCGCUUGCUCCAUCGGUGUCUUUGGAAAUCAGCUGGGGAUUGCUAUUGGAUUCCUGGUUCCUCCGAUACUGGUGCCCAACGUUGAGGACAUGGAUGAGCUGGCCAGUCACAUCCGCCUUAUGUUUUACAUCACAGCCGGGGUGGCCACACUGCUCUUUAUGCUGGUGAUUUUUGUGUUCCAGGAGCGUCCUGUUUUUCCACCCACACGGGCCCAGGCCACUGCUCGCCUCGUCCCUCUAGAACAGUACUCAUACUCAGCCUCCAUCCUCAGGUUGCUCCGAAACAAACCCUUUAUCCUCCUCAUCAUCACAUAUGGACUGAACGUGGGCUGCUUCUAUGCUGUGGGCACGCUACUCAACCGCAUGAUCAUCGACCAUUACCCUGGUGAAGAGCUGAAUGCAGGGAGGAUUGGUCUAACUAUCGUUAUUGCUGGCAUGGUGGGAUCAUUGAUCUGUGGCAUCUGGCUCGACAGAUCUAAAACCUACAAACAGACUACCCUGGCAGUCUACCUCAUGUCCUUCAUAGGGAUGUUGGUGUACUCCUACACUCUGGAUCUGGGUCAUCUCUGGGUUGUCUUCCUGACCGCUGGAGCUCUGGGGUUCUUCAUGACAGGCUAUCUCCCCCUGGGUUUUGAGUUUGGUGUGGAGCUGACCUACCCAGAGGGUGAAGGCACCUCUUCAGGUCUGCUCAACUGCUCUGCGCAGGUGUUUGGUAUCAUCUUCACUAUCUCUCAGGGGAAGAUCAUGGAUAACUAUGGAACACUGUCUGGAAACAUCUUCCUCUGUGUGUUCCUCUUCAUUGGUUCUGUUAUGACAGGAUUCAUCAAGCCAGAACUGCGGAGACAGAAAGCUAACCAGAUGGCCAGGGCCACUGCGGAUGGACAGCUUUCUGGUCAACAGCUGGACUAUGGCACUACUGCUCUAAUCAAGAAGCUGGACAGCCGUUCUGCUUCUGCUCAGGACUGAUCAUUAUACCCUAACCUUAUCCCACACCCCUUAAUCCCUACCCCCUCUACCCACCCCCUUAAACCCUACCCCCUAUUCCAGACCCCUUAAUCCCUACCCCCUAUAUCCGCCCCCUAUACCCACCACCUUAAACCCUGCCCCCUAUUCCUGACCCCUUAAACCCUACCCCCUAUUCCAGACCCCUUAAUCCCUACCCCCUAUAUCCGCCCCCUAUACCCACCACCUUAAACCCUGCCCCCUAUUCCUGACCCCUUAAACCCUACCCCCUAUUCUAGACCCCUUAAUCCCUACCCCCUAUAUCCGCUCCCUAUACCCGACCGCUUAAACCCUACCCCCUACACGCUUAGCUCGAGCCUCAGAUGAGUCAAGGUACCAGAGGAUGGAAGCUUCCUUGUCCCCUCAGUUCUUCAUGGAACCUGGUUUUAGAUAUGGACAAACUUCAGGACACUAACAUACUAACACAGUCCAACACAAUCCUCUCCCAUUCUUGUGAUGUGAAGUUCAGGGGAGACGCACAAUCAGGAUCUCAUUAUUUAGAUUUUACUGGUGAAAAUUAGCACAAUGGUAUUUUGGUCAGGCGUUUGAAUCCUGUUAGUGGCAUUCCAACACAGCCUGUGGGCCUAGCAGAGGGUGAUGCAAAAUUCUCAGUGCUGAUUGGGUUGGACAGGCCUGCUUGUCUGUCAUUGUGGUUGGUCGGCUCAUGUCAGCUCAAUCUUAGUUGUUGUUAUUCAGGGAAUGUGUUUACCUUCAGUAUCCUGGUUGACCAACAAUGUGUAAAGAAGCAGAACACUUGGUGAGGUUUGCAUGUUUGAGGACAAUCCUAGAUCUUCAAAUGAUCUCGAUCCUUUCCUGGCCUACUGUGAAGUUGUUUCAACGACGCAAGGAAUGAAAACCAAUAAUAUUCUAAUAUUUGAAAGCCUGUCGUUCUUAAUGCAUGAUGUAUUUCUAAAAUGACCACACUAACAUGAAAAUCUGUUUUAAAUAUGUAUCCAUUAAGUUUUCAUUUUUGCAAAAAAAAAUUGUUAUUGAAUAACGUUUUGUAUUAAUUUUAUAACAGCAGCACAAAUCUACUUGGAGAAACACUGAUUUACUGUAACAAGAUUAUAUAAAAAUAUUUUAUGGUUGUCUUGCAAGUUCAUGACAACCAUAAUAUUGUGGUUGUGUAUUUUUGUAAGAUCAUUUUAAACUGCCUGUACACAGUAUCGAUGAACCAUUAGUUUCCUUGAUAACAAAUUUGUUUUCUAUAAUGUCCAUGUUGUUCUGAAAACAAUUGCCUGUUGAUUUGAUGUCUAACGUUUGUUAAAAUAAAGUUCCGAGUGAAAACUA